UAUUCCAUUUCAAAAUGGUGGACGAAAGCGAAACAUUUAUUUUUUCCUACAUUUUACGUUUUUAUCUUUUUGUUUGUAAGUGGACAGUGUUUUGAAAUGUUGUGAAUGUUGAACAGACAAUAUGGAGCACAAAUCAGAACUUGACAAGGCGAAAAAAGUGUACCGUGUUGCACUUGAAGCAGUGAAGAAGCUGGAUGAGUCACUAAAGAACAAGAAAGCCUAUAGAGAGGUGUUCAGCCAGAAUGCUGUGGGGCUACGAUACAAGUUAAGAGAAUAUUGUGAGAGGCUGAUGUUCUACAAUCCACUGUACUAUGGCAGAAAAGCUGAAGAAGUGCUAUGGCGAAAAGUAUUUUAUGAUAUUAUACAGCUGGUAAAGAAAAAUCGAAGGCAUGUGCGUGUGGGUAGCUCCCUGGAGACGGCCUAUCGCACCCACCUGUCCUCAGCAUGCGGCUACUACUACCACCUGCUGUUCAGGCUGCAGAAGGAGUUCAAACUGAAGCUGGACAUAAAGAUAGACUUCCCCCUGCUGCCUGAUACCAACCCUAGUCGCUUUAUCAAGGCUGUACGGCAGAGAGAUGUGACUCCAGCUAUGAAGGAGUGGGCAAUGAAGACAGUGCACAGAUGUCUCAUAUGUUUAGGGGAUAUUGCACGCUAUCAGCAAGACUUCGACUCUGGUUUAAAUGCAACAGCUGAGAGAUUCUAUCAACAGGCCUGGAUGCUUUUCCCAGAAAUGGGCGUAGCCCACAACCAGCUUGGCACCCUAGCCACUUCCAGGUAUUUCUACUGUGAGGCUGCAUACCACUAUAUUAGAUGUCUUGCCAGCGAGCAGCCGUUUGAGGGGGCGGAGGGUAACCUCCUUCGUCUUUUUGAGAAGAAUCAAAAGCGCUAUGCUGAUCUCAUAAGUGAGGUGUCCAAAGUGCCUGCCAACCCUCAGGACCAAUGUUACAAUGAUCUGAAGGACUUCUUCAUCAGGUUCAUGAAUCUUCUAAAGAUAUUUUAUAGGCACGACGUGCCUGCUGGACAAGACAACACAGAAAUCCAGGAGAGCUGUCAGACCAUUCUGCACAGCUUCAACCACUGCAUGUUCUACGAGCCUACCAGCUACAGUGAUGACCUCUCGGAGGACAACCUCCACUAUAUGGAAGACGACAUCGUGUUCAAGAUUGUCAUCAUCUGCAUUGCAACCAUACAUGUCCUUCAACAGAGGGGUUCCAGGAAAGUGACAGCUGCCACAGCCUUCCUGCUGGCCCUGUUCUCACACAUUCUGAACCACAUCCUCAUCCGACUGCAGGGGGCCCUGUAUGAGAGAGAGAACCCUAACAAGAUCCUGCAGUCUGCUGGACAGAACCUCGACAACAUAAAUGAUGAUGAUUCUGAAAGCGACUCCAAGAAUUCCCUGAUAUCUUCUGAGAACUCAUCCAUUAAGAAUGGACACGUAAAACCCACUCAGAAAUUAGCACAGGCAGAUGAGAAAUCCAGCAACAAGACAGCCAAGAAUGGUGCUAAGCAACCAAAGGUUAAAUCCCGGCUCCGUCGCAGAAGACGCUUUAAAAGACCCUGCUCAGAUGAAAGUGACUCUGACCUUUCUGAUCUGUCUGACCUUAGCGAAGGUGAAGGUCACACCAACAUGGAUCUAUCUGAUGACUCAGAAGACGAACCUGUUGGUUUCUAUAAUGACGAUUCCGAUUCAGACAUGUCAGAUUCUCUGAUGAAGAGCCAAGAACUUGAGGCAGGUUUCGCUGCCAAUCCUGAGUCUGAAACCAGCAAACCCGCUGGAAUCAGUGAUGCCAUGUUCACCAUUCCCGAAACUGCCACGCCUUCCGAUUAUGUUGCCAAAGAUUUCAAAAGUGCCCACCAAAGUAACAUUUGGACUGACAUAAGUGGCAUUGACGGCUUGGCGACUUUUUCGUCAGAGUUGUUUUCGAGCUCCGUGCCUUUUUUAAGUUCAAGCUUUAAAAUGUCGCAGCAGAGUGAAGUCGUGGACAAUGAUGUGGUGAUAGGGAAACGGCAGGUGUCUGUCCCGCCAGGUUUUGCAACAUCAUCUGAAGCACGGCAUGUUGCUGAAAUCUCUCAGAAGUUGGCAAAUUUUGUGAUAGAGACUGACACAGAAGCCCCUUUUACUGAACUUGAUUCUGAUGACAAUGAUGAGGAUACUCCACACAGCGAGGACACAGACAAAACCAAGUCAUCGGAAGAGGAGAAGGAGGUGGUUCGAGCACGUAACAUGCUGGAUGUAGUGCAGGGGGAGGGUCUGCUGGCCGUUGUCAAGGUGAUAGCUGACUGGAUGAGGUGCAAUGCAACUGUGAUAAAAACAUGUGCCCAGAGUUCACAGUCUGUGUGGUGCAGACUGUCAGUUUUGCUCAACUUUCUGCCUCAUGAAGCUGUUUUAAGGGAACAAGACCCAGGCUGGUCCGAUGUGUUCAAGGCCACUGUAUGCGGUGACCUCCGUGACGGUUGGAAGCAGACGCUUCCACUGCCCGAGGACGUACACCUGACAUGCUUCUCUCCCCUGAAACUCGUUCAUGAGGACAUAAGCAGCAAGAAUGGUGCUAGGUUGACAGAAGUGCAGGAGAGUUUGCUGCGAAUCUGCUGUCUCCAUAAUUUUGGGCACUUCCUGUCUGGCUUGGAAGGCCUCCAUUUUACAUACAAUGAUGAGAAGAAGAUUUUCAUUGGUCCAGCCCAACCAAUUAGCAAAGAGGAGACAGAGGAGGAUGCUAUGGAGAAAAUGGCAGAUGCUGAAAACCGCAGAAAUCAGCUGAUGAGAGAUAUGGCUCAGCUUAGAUUGCAGGCGGAAGUUAGUCAGUUGGAGGGUAACCUGUCCCAGGCUGAGACUGUCCCCUUCCCGCCGUACCUGAUCCCAGACACCACAUGCCUGUGUUCAGCCCUGCCCAGUGUGAAGAGGCUGGCCCAAUCAAACAGGAGCAUCAUAGUGAUACCACUGGCAGUGAUUGAUAGCCUGGAUGUACAGAAGAAGGAGAGCCACAGUGCACGGGACGCCAUACGAUGGCUAGAGGCCGAGUUCAGGAAGGGAAACAGGUAUAUCAGGGCACAGAAGAAUAGCGAGAAGCUUCAAACAGCAGUCCCAAAACAUCUAAAGAAGAAAAAUAGAGAUACCUGGUGUGCCUUGGAGAUCUUCAACUGUGCGUUGUACCUGUCCCGUCAGGGUGGAGACUUCGGUACAGAGACUGUGAUAGCUGUCCUCACUGCCAACAAGUUCUCCUCCAUCAAACAUCCCCUGGUCCAGCAAGCCAUUAGCUCCAGCCAGGAGGAAGGAAUAUCGGUGGAAAAUGUGAUGGAAUUCAUCUCCAAGUGGAAUGAACUACUCAACAAAAGCUGAACCAAAAUGGCACUAUAAGCAGAACCCAUGUUAACAAAUGCUGAUCAAGUACCAUGUAAAACGCAUGUACUGGAUUUGUCAGUUUAUGGAGAAGAGUUCUCAUGAAGAUUUUUACCAAAGCCAUGUACUUAUUGUCACCUUAGUGCAAGAACAUAACAAAUACUUACAUUUUAAAUAAUAGGUACUGAGUUAUUGCUCCAAAGUGACAAUAUGUACCCAAACAAGUGUUACACCAAAGACAGGAACCAAAACGAGACUCAAUCUUUCAUGUGCGAAAGAUGUGUCAAAAUUGAUAUAUUAUAAAAGCAGAUGCAAUCAAUUGGUAAUUUGACUUGUGUAAACAGAAUUUUAAGAGCUUGGUUACAGGGCCUCCCAAUUUAAACUUUGUUUAGUAUUUUCAUGUAAGGAUAAACUAGUGGGAAGUAAAUAAUCAGUUAAUUUUCUUGGUUUGUGUGGCGCACUGUCAAGACUUUCAAAUAUUAUGAGUACAACUUCAAAAACAAAACCUAAGAACGUUCAGACUGUCCACUUUCUAAAGUGAACGCAAGCUAUUAAAUGGUGAAGUAGAUAUACCUUACUAUCAAACAAAAGGUUAAUUUGUUCACUUAUGACUUCACUUUGCUGUUUCCAAAAUAAAAUUGUGUUCCCGUUGUUUGUGUAUGUACACAGUGCAUGUUCGUACGAUUGUUCUGAAACAAAAUAUACAUUUCGAGGGGUGAAAGCGAAACAGCUCUAUGUGCAUUUUUCAAAAAUGUUCAGGAGAAGGUUUAAACUGUAUCAGAAGAACAAUUAAAACAAUGAAGGCUUUAAACUUUUAAAGUAAUAUUGAGAAUAGUCUGCUAUAAUCACAAUUUUUUUAAACAUGUUUGUAUUUUCACAUAUAAAGAAGUUAUUUGAAAAAAUGUCACUUAGACCUUUUUCGCACUAAAAUUUCUCAUUUUUUUUACUUAAAGUUAAGAGCGAAAAAGUUCUAAGUGAUUUAAAAACAAUGUUUAAUGAUCAAUUUACAGUAUUUAUUUCAUAUGCAAUACUUUCUACAUUUUGAAACUAAGAAUAUUAUACAUAAAAUGCAAAAAAUGGCACUUAGAACCUUUCGCACUGAAAAAAUAUUUUUUUCAACUUAUUUUUCUGAGCGAAAAGUUCUAAGUGACAUAAAGGUACUGAAAAGUAUUGAAAAUUCUCACUUUAUUGCAUAUUUUUUAAAUUAAAUACUCUUAACAUUCUUAAUAUGAGUAUUUUUAAAUAUAUUUAGAAAUAUUGUUACUUAGAACCAUUUUGCUUUAAACAGAUAGCAUAAAAAUACUGUUCUUAUAUCAUUUAAUAGUGUUGAAAAGGUCAAAUUGACAAUUUAUCUUAUUUUAUUCUAAAUUCUUUGUUUUGCAAUUGUUUGUAAUCAAAUGUCCCAAAACACUGAAUGGAUUUUUUUUAUAUUGUACUGUUUUACAAAAACAAUAACGAGAUACACUUUGACGAAAGUAUAGUAGAUGUUGUGUGUGUUUCCAACAAUCAGUAACAUGUUAGAAAAAGUGAAUUGUAUCAACAAACUUGAUUGAACCUUAAUUUUUUCAUUCCUUCUUGAAACACAUAUUGGAAUUCAAUGUUGAUUUAUCCAUCAUUAUGCUAUAUUCUAUCAUAUUUGUUAUAUUAAUUAAUACUUUGGCAGAUUUUGGACUUAUUUUGUAGGCAGUCAUGUCCAUUAAACAACGAACGUUAUGGGAAAGUUAUUUACUACUUUAUAUUUUUAAAGAUUUACAAUAAUAAGUAUUAGCAUGGUGUUGUACGUUGUAUAAUACAUAACACACCUAGUAUUUUUAGAAGGGGCAUUGCAACUUAUAUAGGUAACUGAACUGUUAUAAGGCAAUAAUUAGCAAAAUUACAAAAUAUUGUAAUUUGCACAAAUUGACACCAUUCAGUUGUUUGAUUACAUCUCAUCAGAAUUGUAACCUGCUGAUUUACAUCCACUCACUGAUACCAAGCAGAUCACAUCACACCAGAAUAGAAACUAACUCAUGAUCAUCCAUUAGCAGAGUUACCAACCGAAUCACAUCACACCAAAAUGGUUACCUACUGGUUCACAAUUACCCAGAUCAGUUACCAACCGAAUCACAUCACACCAGAAUGGUAACCUAUUGAUUCACAUUUCAGUUACCAACCAAAUCACAUCAAACCAGAAUUGUUACCUAUGGAUUCUCCUUUCACAAACACAGUAAGCAACCCAAUCACAUCACACCAGAAUGGUUACCUUCUGAUUUACAUUUCACCAUCUCAGUUACCAACCGAAUCUAAUCACACCAGAAUGGUUACCAACGGAUUCUCAUUUUACCAACACAGUAAGCAACCAAAACAAAUCACAACAGAAUGGUUACCUAUUGAUUCACAUUUCACCAUUUCAAUUACAAACUGAAUAACAUCACACCAGAAUGGUUACUUACUGAUUCACAUUUCACCAACACAGUAAGCAACCAAAUCACAUCACACCAGAAUGGUUACCUAAGGAUUCACAUUUCACAAUCUCAGUUACUAACCCAAUCACAUCACACCAGAAUGGUUACCUACGGAUUCUCAUUUCACCAACACAGUAAGCAACCAAAUCACAUCACACCAGAAUGGUUACCUACUGAUUCACAUUUCACCUUCUCAGUUACCAACCGAAUCACCUCACACCAGAAUGGUUACCUACGGAUUCUCAUUUCACCAACACAGUAAGCAACCUUAUCACAUCACACCAGAAUGGUAACCUACAGAUUCAAAUUUCAGCAUCUCAGUUGCCAACCUAAUCACAUCACACCAGAAUGGUUACCUAAGGAUUCACAUUUCACCAACACAGUAAGUAACCUAAUCACAUCACACCAGAAUGGUAACCUACAGAUUCAAAUUUCAGCAUCUCAGUUACCAACCUAAUCACAUCACACCAGAAUGGUUACCUAAGGAUUCACAUUUCACCAACACAGUAAGCAACCUAAUCACAUCUCACCAGAAUGGUAACUUACUGAUUCACAUUUCACCAUCUCAGUUACCAACCGAAUCACAUCACAUUUGAAUGGUUACCUACUGAUUCUCAUUUCACAAACACAGAAAGCAACCAAAUCACAUCACACCAGAAUGGUUUACUAGUGAUCCACAAUUCACCAUCUCAGUUACCAAUAAAAUAACAUAUCACUAGAAUGGUAACCAACCACAUCACAAUUCACCAGCAUGGUAAUCUUCUAAGUUACAUCAUAGCAGCAGAGUUAUGAGCACAGUUUCCUACAAAUUCACAUCUUUCCAAAAAAUUUAUUAAUGGAUUGACCAACUUAUUCACAUCUCACCUCAGUUACAAAUUAGUGUUUGUAAAUACCACAAAAACAACUAAUUUACAUUCAUGUUUGUUACUAUUUAUUUAUUGAGAAAUGUUAAUAAAUACGUUUCACUGUCUAUGCAUACAACUUACUAGGUUCUCGGUAAUUCUGAACGCAUUUUUCACGAGAGAGCAAAAUAGAAAUAUAUAAAAGUAUCUGACAUUUACACAACUUAACAUUCUUAACGCAACACACUUAAAUGAGUUUAUUCUUCGUGGUUUUGUAACAAAAUAAAUUGUUUUACAUUCAGAACUAGGAAGAGGGUGAAACAAGGAUCACAUCUUGAAAUUCAUACUAAAUUCAACUAGCUUUUAUGCGAUUAAGGUUUCAAUUUUUCAAUUAGCUUUAUAGUUUUAAGUAUAGACAGGUAUGUAUAAAAUAUAAUUUGAAAUAGCCAUAACAUCCUUAUAUAAAGGUUGUCAAAAAGUUUAUCAAAUAUGUUAUACAACACUAAAUAUUUAAGGAAAAUUAAAAAAAAAUACACAAAAUUUAGUCGAAAAAGGUCUAAGUGCAUAAUUUUAUCAAUAUUUUUUCUUAUUUUUUCAUCAGUUACAUAAUAUUAUCUGUUCAGGAGGUUUUUCAAAUACAAAUAUAUUUUUUAUUGUAAAUAUAUUCCUCAACAAUUGAUAAAAGUGUCAUUUAGAAUUAUCUUAACAUUAACAACCUGAAUGCGAAAGAGCUCUAAGUAGCACUUCACUGCAAAUAGAGCCUUUUCGCACUAAAAAAAUAAUUAAAUUUCACUUAGAGCUUUAGGACAAAUUUCAAUUUUACUUUUUAUUUGUUUGCCUGGAACUAAGAUAUUUUAAUACAUGAUGGGCAUGGAUGUUGCGAUGCAAAAUAUACAAAAAAGUCAUUUUGUGAAAAAAUGUCACUUAGAGCUGUUUUCGCUUUCACCCCUCGAUUUGUACUAAACGUGUAAAGUUUUUGUGUAUUUUUUAAAUAAACUAUUUGUUAAAGAAUAAUAAGUACUGAAUAAACACUGUUGCUUGUGUUUU